AUGUAUAUUCCCGACCUUCAGAAGAUCGCCACGGCCAGUCUGGCAUUUGCCGGCCUUCGAACCAGUAGCAAUAUCGUUUCCAAGGGCUCCGUUGUGGACUACGCCGUGGAGAAAUGCCUGGACAGCGACGGCCACGUGCGAUGCACGAAGCCUUUCCUCGUCUCCCAGGGCAGCUGCUACAAGAUUGAGUGGUCCACGGACGGAGCGCUGUCCCAUACUACCGUCGAAGUGCGAGAUGCCGGCAGCAACGAGAUUGUCUACUAUCGCGACACUAACGGCGAAUGGAGGCCUGACAAGGGCGAGCUGGUCUACCUUGAUUUUAAGCCCAAGAUCUGGAAGACGGGCAAUGACACUGUCGACUAUCAAGUUAGCAAGUGCGACAAAGAGGAAGAAUUGUAG